AGCUUUUUUUUUGGCUAAUUCUAUCUGAUAAAGAGGGGGAAUCCGAAGUGAACUAACCUCAAAAUAUUGAUAGAAUUACAGCAGGAGAUGCUGAAACUUCCAGUGCUUACUACUAGAAAAUUUCGAGCGAUGUUUUGUGGUAAGCGAUGCAGGUUAAGUACUGUAAGAAGGAAGCUCCGAGAGCUCUGUUCCAGGAUCCAGCGGCUGAUGCGGAAGCGGCCAAGACCAAAGGUUGUGAUCAGAAGGUUGGGGAAAUUAAACUCAAGAGGUCGAGCAGGAGGAGAAGCAGGCAGCAAGAAUUCUGCUAGACCGAUUCGAGUUGCUACAUUUAAUGUUGCAAUGUUCUCUCUGGCUCCUGCUAUUUCAAAAGCUGAGGAACCUGCCAUGUUUAACUAUGAAGAGGAAGGCUAUAAGGUAGCUCCAAGGAGUCCUUUUGAGUUUGACAUUCAGGGUAGGUCUCCAAAUUAUCAUCCGAAGAGUAUCUUGAAGCAGUCUCCCCUGCAUCCUUCACCUAGUCCUGAGCAACUCUGUAAUCAAAAAAACCUUUCAAGAUCCAAAAUGAAGGUUUCAAUUAAUCUCCCUGACAAUGAGAUUUCAUUGGCACGAUCAUCAGACAUGUCCUUGGGCACAAAAAGCAAAAACAAUGUUGUCAUGAGGUCGCCGGUGUGUUUGCCCGCAAACAUGAUGAAAUUGUGGAGUGAAGAGAGCUUGAGAAGCAGUAGAAGCAUAGCAGAAGUGCUUAGGGAAGUGGAUGCUGAUAUCUUAGCCCUGCAAGAUGUGAAGGCAGAGGAGGAGAAAGGAAUGAAGCCUUUAUCUGAUUUGGCUGCUGCCUUGGGGAUGAAGUAUGUCUUUGCUGAGAGUUGGGCUCCGGAGUACGGAAAUGCCAUCUUGUCUAGAUAUCCCAUCAAGAGAUGGACAGUUCAGAAGAUUGCUGAUGAUGAUGAUUUCCGGAAUGUGCUUAAGGCCACAAUUGAAGUUCCAUGGGCAGGAGAAGUGAACUUCUACUGCACCCAACUCGACCAUCUAGAUGAGAACUGGAGAUUGAAGCAGAUACAAGCAAUAACUGAAAGGAACAACUCUCCUCACUUAUUGUUGGGUGGAUUGAAUUCACUAAAUUGGUCAGAUUACUCAUCUGAGAGAUGGACAGACAUCGUUAAGUACUAUGAGGAUAUAGGGAAGCCAACACCAAGGCUUGAAGUUUUGAAGUUCCUCAAAGGAAAAGAGUAUUCAGAUGCAAAGGACUAUGCAGGGGAAUGUGAACCUGUUGUUAUCAUAGCCAAAGGCCAAAAUGUGCAAGGAACAUGCAAGUAUGGAACGCGAGUGGAUUACAUUUUGUCAGCACCAAAUUCACUUUACAGAUUUGUUCCUGGGUCUUACUCUGUCAUCUCAUCCAAAGGUACUUCAGAUCACCAUAUUGUGAAGGUUGAUGUGGUGAAACUGAAUGAGAAUUCUCGUGAAAAUGUAGUCAGACGAAGGCUUGGAAAACCAAUUCAGAAGGUUGUAAGGAUAACAAACUCUAGCUGUUCUCCAGGUAUAUGGAAAAUUAACACCUGAACUAUAGUAUUUCUGAGUUAAUUAAUUUUCUGUUUGUCUUUCAAGUAGCAUAUUUUGGUAGCUAGAAUUAAAGUAUGUAAAAGAUGGAAUGCUAAAGUUAAGCAAAUCCAAGAAAACUGAUGUAAAAUGACACGAGAAUGAUAAAGUUAUGGCAAAUUCAAAUAUUCGACAAUUCGGAAUGAAUGUGUAAUCCUUUUAAACAAAGAAGAAAAGUGUUUAUAUAUAUAGAGAGAGAAAAUGCUGUUUUAGUCUGACUGCAAAAAUUUGAUCUUUGAUUUUGGUGGAGGAAUACUCCACAUUCAAGGGACUUUUCCCUAUCAAUGAUUUAUAA